AUGGCCGCUUCUCCGAUGUCUGCCCAGCAACUGGUUCAAAUACUACGGAGUGGAGUCGGGGCCCGACGUAGAGAUGUCAUUACUCAGCUCUUCUCUCUCACGGCAGCGGAAAUGCGAGGGGUGGUAGCCACGUGUCGCGUAGAUGGGAGAAGUCCAUCUCGCAGACCAUGGGAUGCCCGCGAAUACGAGCUUCUACGUGAUGCCCUAUAUAAUCAUUACACCAAGCGAGGUUCAGACGAUCUUCUUCUUGAUUUCACCGGACGCUCCUACACAACUGUUGAGGCCGGCAUCACGCUUCCUUGGUCACAAUUUAUCGGACUCACCUAUGAGGCUCCUGAUGACUGCGGCGAAGACAUUGAGCACGAAGCUAUCAUGAUCUUGAUAGGCACUACACAGACCGCUCCGAUACCCUUACCUUCCUUAAAUCAAUCUCUCAACCCCAGCGAUCGACUAAUCAGUGUCUAUGCCACCAUACCUACCAGAUAUUACGCCGGUGAACCCAUUGACUCUGAGAAUGAUUCCUUGGAACCUCCUGAUCUCGUCACCAUGAAUUUGAUUUUGCAUAGAGGUGUAUUCAAACCCGACCCAAUCUCUGCACAUCUGUGCCCUGUCGAUAAGCAACCACAGCAUCGUGAGGGCGGUGACUUCUUACUCCGAUCCCGACUCGCCAACGAUCUGCUAGACCUUCCAUCCCUGGUCGCCCCGCAGCGGUCCGUCACUGUGUGCGCUGCCGGACAUCUGUACGUCUUUCACCGCGACUACCACUGGCAUCUGCUUUUCGGUUACUUCCAACGGCCAAGAAGAAUAUCGGACUCGCUUCGAGGGUGGUGA